GCAGCAGCGAGCCGCGAGCGCCCUUCUCCAGUCCCGGCUUGGAACUGAACUGUGUGAGCACGGGUCCUGGAACCCAGGCCCAGAACCGGCGAGCCCGGGUCUGAGCCCAGAGCUCAGCGGUCAGCCUCGUAGGCCCUGACUCGGAACAGAGCCGAGGCGCUGAGCUUGGAGCCGAAGAGCGGGAGAGCCGGAGAGCAGGGAGGGCGGGCCAGCUGCGCGUCGGACGAGUCGCAGAGCAGGACCGCGGAAGGCAGGGAGACGGCCGCAAUCCCAGGGCAGAGGGCAGAGGGCAGAGAGCGGCCUGGCUCGGCGGAGAGGGCGCCGCCCGGCCGGAACCGAGCUCGCCGCCCGGGACGGCGGCCCCCCGUGGGGCGCGGACCCAGGGUGGCCGUGGGUCCGCAGCGACUCCCCGGCCGACUGCGGGGGGCGUGCCCCCUCCCAGCCCAGCCUCCCCAACCCGGCCUGCCCGCGGCGUCGCGGGGGCAUGUGAGCGGGAAGCCUAGGCUGCCAGCCGCGAGGACCGCACUGAGGAGGAGCAGGAGCGCGGAGCCGCGAGCCCCGAGCCCCGAGCCCGGCGCCUGGCUGAGUAGACUGUAGCUCUCCAGAGGGUAAUGGGUCCCCAGAACCCAAGAGACCAGGAGCGUCGGAGGCUGCCUCUGGAAGCCAGGAGAAGCUGGACUUCAACCGAAAUUUGAAAGAAGUGGUGCCAGCCAUUGAGAAGCUGUUGUCCAGUGACUGGAAGGAGAGGUUUCUAGGAAGGAACUCUAUGGAAGCCAAAGAUGUCAAAGGGACCCAAGAGAGCCUAGCAGAGAAGGAGCUCCAGCUUCUGGUCAUGAUUCACCAGCUGUCCACCCUGCGGGACCAGCUCCUGACAGCCCACUCGGAGCAGAAGAACAUGGCUGCCAUGCUGUUUGAGAAGCAGCAGCAGCAGAUGGAGCUUGCCCGGCAGCAGCAGGAGCAGAUUGCAAAGCAGCAGCAGCAGCUGAUUCAGCAGCAGCAUAAGAUCAACCUCCUUCAGCAGCAGAUCCAGCAGGUUAACAUGCCUUAUGUCAUGAUCCCAGCCUUCCCCCCAAGCCACCAACCUCUGCCUGUCACCCCCGACUCCCAGCUGGCCUUACCCAUUCAGCCCAUUCCCUGCAAACCAGUGGAGUAUCCGCUGCAGCUGCUGCACAGCCCCCCUGCCGCAGUGGUGAAGAGACCUGGGGCCAUGGCCCCCCACCACCCCCUGCAGGAGCCCUCCCAGCCCCUGAACCUCACAGCCAAGCCCAAGGCCCCCGAGCUGCCCAACACCUCCAGCUCCCCAAGCCUGAAGAUGAGCAACUGUGCGCCCCGCCCCCCGAGCCAUGGAGGCCCCACGCGGGACCUGCAGUCCAGCCCCCCGAGCCUGCCUCUGGGUAAGCCUCCUGCUGCCUGCACUUGUCCCUCAGCCCUCUUAGGGGAGAGCCGGCGGCAUGAUGCGACCUUGAGCAGGUCCCUUCUCCUCUCUGGGUUCCAGAUUUUAUCGAGCAAGGGGUUAGACUUGCUCUUAGCAGAAGAUCCCCUUCUUCCUCUCCCUCAUCAUGUCUGUCUGGGCAUUCCAAGCAUCAGGGAUUCAGGCCAGAGUCACAUAGUUCCAGGGGGUACUAUUCUCAUUUCUAGUCUAUUGACAUGCACAAUAACUAGCCAAUGUAAGUGGCAUAUCCUUGAGGACAUGCAAUGCAGCCACCCUGUGGAAGAACAGGAGGGAACACUAACUCAGGUGCUCAUGGGAGUGACAUGGGGGGAAGCUGAUGGAGUUUGGGCUCAUGCUGGGCUGAUGCCCUCAGCUUCCCUCGCUUCUCUUCCCUCUCUUCUGCCCUCUCCCACAGGCUUCCUUGGUGAAGGGGACGCUGUCACCAAAGCCAUCCAGGACGCUCGGCAGCUGCUGCACAGCCACAGUGGGGCCUUGGAAGGCUCCCCCAACACCCCCUUCCGUAAGGACCUCAUCAGCCUGGACUCAUCCCCAGCCAAGGAGCGGCUGGAGGACAGCUGUGUGCACCCACUGGAGGAAGCCAUGCUGAGCUGCGACAUGGAUGGCUCCCGCCACUUCCCCGAGUCCCGAAACAGCAGCCACAUCAAGAGGCCCAUGAACGCCUUCAUGGUGUGGGCCAAGGAUGAGCGGAGGAAGAUCCUGCAAGCCUUCCCAGACAUGCACAACUCCAGCAUCAGCAAGAUCCUUGGAUCUCGCUGGAAGUCCAUGACCAACCAGGAGAAGCAGCCCUACUACGAGGAACAGGCGCGGCUGAGCCGGCAGCACCUGGAGAAGUAUCCUGACUACAAGUACAAGCCGCGGCCCAAGCGCACCUGCAUCGUGGAGGGCAAGCGGCUGCGCGUGGGCGAGUACAAAGCCCUGAUGAGGACCCGGCGCCAGGACGCCCGCCAGAGCUACGUGAUCCCCCCACAGGCUGGCCAGGCGCAGAUGAGCUCCUCGGAUGUCCUGUACCCUCGGGCAGCAGGCAUGCCGCUGGCACAGCCACUGGUGGAGCACUAUGUCCCUCGUAGCCUGGACCCCAACAUGCCUGUGAUCGUCAACACCUGCAGCCUCAGAGAGGAGGGUGAGGGCACAGAUGACAGGCACUCGGUGGCUGAUGGUGAGAUGUACCGGUACAGCGAGGACGAGGACUCGGAGGGUGAAGAGAAGAGCGAUGGGGAGUUGGUGGUGCUCACGGACUGAUCCCGGCUGGGUGGGCCCGGUCCCUUCUUCUCUGGGGAAGACCUCGUCCCAACCCGAUGGGCACAGCCAGCCAACCUAAGACUAUGUUGGUACUUGGACUUGUUCGUGCCCCAGAGAUGGGCAAAGCUGUGCACUUGCAGAUACAUUCAUGAGGGGAGAGGUGCCCUCCCUUCCUGAGGAGCUGUUGGCCUGGGUGGGCAGGAACUGCAAUAUGGACAUGGGCUGAGCUGGCCGAGCACCUCAGCCUUUAGGGCUCAUGGCCAGGGGACACUGUAUGACUCUCCUUUCCUGCAGGUCUAUCCACCUGGGGUAUGGCAUCUACCGACCUGUCUCCCUGGGGUCACAUGCUUUGUUUCCAUUCUUGUCCUGGCUGGACCAGCCACUGUGGGACCAACGCCCCUCCCACACUCCCCAAGACUGCUCGUCUAUCACCAGGAUCGCUUUGCACUUUGUGCAAAAGGGUCUGGCUGUCCCUUGCUGUUUUCAUCUCUGCCAAGCCUAUUGUGCCUCUGGCUGCUGUAUGUGUGCGCGUGCACAUGUGUGCGUUUCAUCUGUUCAUUGCACAAGGUAUUUAUUGAGUGCCCACUACGUGCCAGGCACUGUUGCUGAGUUCCUGUGGGUGUGUCUCUCGAUGCCACUCCUGCUUCUCUGGGGGCCUCUUUCUGUGCUUCUCUUUGUCCCCAAAUUGCUACCUCUUUGUCAGUCUGGGUGUCUCAGGUUCUGUGUGUCCUUGUGUGCAUUUCUGUCUCUCUCUCUCCUCAUCUCUCUGCAAGGCCCUCUAUUUCUCUCUUUCUUGGUGUCUGUCCUUUGCCCCCUGUGCCCUCUGGAUUCUCUGGGUCUGUGUAGGCCCCUGGUCUGCCCUGGGCUCAUCAGCCUUCCUGAUCUCCUCCUGCCCUCCCCUUCACUCCCUCCCUGGCUCUGCCAGUCGGUUCCCACGGAGCCAUUUUUAGCUCUGAUCAGCAUGGGAAUGUGCCUCGGCCUCCAAGGGGCUUUGUCCUGGUGCCCCCGCCCCUGGUCCCAACCUGAUCCCACGAGGGAGUUGGGACAGGAGGAUUGAUGGUGCUCCCCUUCCUGCCAGCGUCAGAGGCCCUGGAGAGGGGCUGUCUGUGGCAGCUGGUCUUUAUUCCUCCCUCAUGAGCACAGGGUGGGGGGCUCCCCAUUCUUGGAAGAGGUUGAGAAGACUCCUGGGCUUCAGCCUCUCCCACCCAACCCUGCCCCUCACCUGCCUGCCCUCCCCUCCCCUCCCCCACUCUAUAUUAGGGACUGGAUCUCAGCCUCUGAUCAGUUUCACAAAGUUUGUUCCCUAAGGAAAUCAAAUCCCAUUGUCACCUAACUCUAAAGAUCUAAACAGCUUUAGAGCUGUGGAUCAGUAUGGGAACCCCAAAUCCCACAGGGCCAGAUGUGGAGUCUGUGUCUGCCCCGUCUUCUCUCCAUCCUCAAAGCCCCCACUUCUCUCCAGGCUGUUUCUUUUUUUAUGACUGUAAACAUAGAUAGUGCUUUAUUUUGUUAAUAAUAAGAUAAUGAUGAGUAACUUAACCAGCACAUUUCUCCUGUUUACACUCGGGGGAUUUUUUUGUUUUCUGAUGACAUAAUAAAGACAGAUCAUUUCA